AAUGAAUAAAAUAACGAUUUCAGCGGUGAUAAGAGGUUUGCGGAAAGAUGUAACUAUUAAGCGACAGUCCUCAUUUAGGUUAAUUGAGCUUUAAUUAUAACAGUAUUAUUUUUCACGCAAGUAGCAGCACUAGUGUGAAUACAUUCUUUUUUAGUUAAAGUUGGUUGUGUGCAUAGUCAGACAAAACAAGGUAGAGAGUAUGCCAAACUAGAACGUGGACACACCAUUCAGCAUAUUGGUUUCAAUCAUCAAUAUUUGUAGCAGUUCAGAAACACUUUUGUGGAAGUAUUGGUACAAUUUUCGGUUUUUUAAAAUGAGCCAAGUUGACAGCAGUAAUGAUGGAAGUGAUAGCAAAAGUGAUAAAUCUACACCAUGUGUUGCCUUGGAGGUGGAACAUACAGCUGUUGGUAAAGUAGGCAUAGAUUUGAUUGAGACCAUUCUUGGUGAAAUGAAAAGCGAAUUUAAUCGAGAAGUGAAUACCAUUGAAAAUGUGAGAAAAGAUAAAGUUAGUAGAACAAGCAAAGGAAUGACUGAUGAAGAAUGCUUAUCAGUAAAGAAUGAAUCUCAGGUAUCAGAAGCUGGCAAACAAAAGCAGAGUGAAGUUAAACUAGAGAGUGAUCCGAAUAGUAAUAACCAAAGCAGUGCAGUUGUGUCUGCUGUUGGAAACACAAAAGAGAAGCAGUAUGAAGUAGUUGAUAGUGCAGAGAUCCCAAAUGUGUCUUCUAAGAAUGAUGGUUUAUCUGGCAAGGCAAGUGGUGAUCCUAAACCUCGGAUUGUAAUGACCUUAAAGGCAGAAGAUUCUAGUGAUGGGAACAGGAAAAUUAAAGCCAAAGGUACACAGGGUAGCGAAUCAAAUGGUGAAGAAGUAUGGACUUUAGUAAAUCCAGAAUUGGGAGGUGACACAGGUGGUAGUGAUACAUUUGCUGCACCUUCAACAACUGCUUCUGGUCUAACAUCAGGGAAACGUUCAUUGAGAAGCCAGAUGGCAGCUGCUGCUGCUGCUGCUGCUGCUAAGGCUACUGUCGAAGAAUCAGCAGGUGUGAAGCGUUCUGCACGACGACGCUCAAAAGACUCUCCAAGGGAAUCAGUAUUACAAAGUGCUAUUGCUCGCAAGGAGAAGUCAUUUAGUAACUUGGGCCAGGGUGAAGAUAAAAUUAGUGCUGCACGGAAUUUAAAGGUGUCAUUACAUCGCUCUCCUCGUCUUAGUCCCACUGAGAAGAACCAGGCUGCAGGGUUGACACGAACUUCAAAGUCACCUGCAAAAGCAUCACUGCCUCCAUCUAAGUCUGCAAGACUUUCUCAGCAGAAUUUACAUAAUGAUCAUAUUUCUACAAAAUCUGGUAAGUCCGAAGAUAUUGCAAGUCUGACUGCAAAUUCAGUUACCAAAUCAUCUGUAGCAGGAAAUAAGUCAUCUCACUCCUCUACAAGUAGGGCUGAAAGUGGUGUGAAAACAACAUUGAAAUCUCAGAGUCAAGUUCCGAGCAGUAAUGCUCAAACAUAUACAAAAACUGGAAAGCGUCGUUACCGUCCAUAUAAAGGUCUCAGGUACUCAUUUACUGGGAAUAAUGUUAGGAGAGCAAAGCCACCUCGUCGUCAGAUUAAGGAAUCCAAUAGUAACAGUAAUGUGGCUGGCACAGAGAAGAAAUCCUCGGAACCUGAAGAAACAAAUGAGAUGAUGGUGUUGCCUGAUAAGCAGCCUGUGACAGUUGUUCAGUCUCAGCAAGAGCAGUUAGCAUGUGCCGACCCCAUUGCCAAGAGUCAUGCUGCCGAGUUUCCCAGUGCUGAUCUCUGUGCAGGCAGUCGCAGUGGCAGCCCUGUAAUGGCUGAAGCAUGUCAGACUAUAUCGCAGAAGAGAAAACUGCAACCAGAUGAUGAUGGUGAUGGUGGUGAUGACGUGGAAGUUGUAUUUGCAGAGGAUGGGAGCAAGCGUAGCCGUCUCAACAAUGUUCCUUCUCCAAGCCCAGCAGACAGCAGUCAAGGACCCGCAAAACCUGAAUCUACUGCUAUUUCAAGUGGGGCUGGUACUGCAGCACUGUGUUGUUGUCAGACUAAGUCACAGCUGUUUGUAUCUACUCGUGGUCAGAAUGGUGCUGCCGGUGAAUUGUAUUGCCAAGCUAUUGAUACAUUGGAUGAUCGGCUGGUUGGUUGUUGUAAUGCUGUCACUGCCCAGGACACAAGGCUCUCACGACCAAGUCACAGAGUACCAUACCUGAUUUUGUGUGAUGUUCAUAUGCAGAGGUUAUUUAGACAUAACUGUUGUCCAGGCUGUGGAGUUUUUUGCACUCAGGGGAAGUUUGUACAGUGUGCAUCAGCUCACUGGUAUCACCGUGACUGCCAGCUGACAGUUGACUCAGCAUCUGCUUGUCCUCACUGUGGUCUUAAUUCUCCUAAUACAGAUGUGAUGCUCACUAUGAGGUCAGGCAAGAACCCUGUGUUCUUGCCACAGCAGAAGCCACCUAAGAAAGUGCCAUCUGCAAAGAUGACUUUCAGCACCAGCAGGGCAGGAGCAAAGACUGAAGAGAUGAUUCUGAAAGAACCAACACCUCCACUAGUGCCACCAGCAAUGCUGACUUCACAGUUUCCUUCUACAGGAUUGGACAAGGACAAGUAUUCAAUGAAAAGUUUGUAUCAAGCUGCAAAAUCUGGAAAUGCAGAAAAAUUGAUUCACAUAUUGGGAAGUGGGCUUAACCCAAAUCAUUUGUUUCGAGAAUGUUCAAUGGGUACGGCACUUCAUGCAGCGUGCUCAGGUGGACAUCUGUCUGUCGUUCACAUCCUUCUGCAAGCUGGUGCACAUUUGGAUGUUUUGGAUCGUGAUCAGAAUACUCCACUUAUGCUGGCAGCAGUGUCAAACCACAAUGAUCUCGUGAAAUAUUUAGUAAAAGCGGGCGCAAAUGUAAUUCUUAAGGGUGGUGAUGGAAUGACAGCACUUCACCUUGCUGCUAAGGCUGGCAACAUUGAGACUUGUCAGUUUCUUCUUGCUGUAGCCAAUACACCUAGGUCAUUUAUUGAUAUUGUUGAUGAUGGAGGCUGGACUCCACUUGUAUGGGCGGCCGAGCACUGUCAUGUUGAUGUUACGAGGUAUUUAUUACAGAACCGUGCUGAUCCUCUAAUUCGAGAUGCAGAACAAAACAUAGCACUGCAUUGGUCAGCCUUCUCAGGUAGUGUGGAUAUUUCUGAUAUGUUGCUCAACUAUGGCUCUGAAGUCAACAGCACCAAUGUUCAUGGUGACACACCACUUCACAUUGGAGCUCGGCAGAACAUGUACAAUUGUGUCCUAUUACUUCUGGCACGAGGAGCAAGAGUGGAUGUUAUUAAUAAAGCGGGAGACGGUCCUCUUGAAUGCUGCUUGGCUGUAAAUAAUGAUUGUUACAUAGCAAUUAACCUUAAUAUCCAACUUAAGGCUAUUGUUGCAAAUCCAAGAGAGCAGACUGAGCGAAUUCUAACAAAUGACAUUUCACGUGGGCAGGAACAAAAUCCAAUCCAAUGUGUGAAUGUGGAGGAUGAUGAGGGUGAACCUACUGACUUUGUGUAUGUGAGUGAGAAUUGUUUUACAUCCAACAUCAGUGUGGACCGUACCAUCACCUCUCUUCAGUCCUGUAAAUGCUUAGACAUGUGUUCCACUGUGAACUGCCACUGUGGGAACAUCAGUCUGCAGUGUUGGUAUGAUGACCAAGGACGGCUUCUGCCUGACUUCAACUAUGCUGAUCCACCAAUGCUGUUUGAGUGUAACCAAGGUUGUUCAUGUAAUCGAGUAACUUGUAAUAACCGAGUGGUACAACAUGGGUUGACAGCGCGGUUUCAACUAUUCCGCACCAAAGUUAAAGGCUGGGGUGUACGAACUCUUCGCCCCAUCAGUAAGGGCACGUAUGUCUGCGAGUAUAUUGGUGAAAUCAUCUCAGACUGUGAAGCUGAUCAUAGGGAAGACGAUUCAUAUCUCUUUGAUCUAGAUAACAGAGAUGGUGAAACAUACUGCAUUGAUGCAAGGCACUAUGGCAAUGUGGCACGCUUCAUUAAUCACAUGUGUGUACCAAACCUGCUGCCAGUGCGAGUAUUCAUUGAACAUCAGGAUCUCCACUUUCCACGCAUUGCCUUCUUUGCAAACCGAGAUAUUGAAGCCGACGAGGAGCUAGGUUUUGACUAUGGUGAGAAAUUCUGGAUCAUCAAGUGCAAGUCUUUCACCUGUACAUGUGGUGCAGAAACGUGCCGAUACUCGGAGACAACUAUCAAGCAGACGCUGGAUAACUACAACAAGCGACUGCUCCAGGAUGAACUCCUACUGCAGCAGAGUGAACUGCAGUUGCUUUAAAAGUGCACAUCUCCUUCAUGUGUGCUGCAGGACUGGCUUCUACUCAGGGAGAACUGUGUGUCUGAAUGAGUAUGUGAAGUUGCAGGUGAAAUAAAUUAACUUUAUUUAUGUUAGACCAGCUUUAGUUGAUCGGCUGUCAAAAUUUUCUACUCCUUUACUAACAUCACAGUAGUAUACAAGGCACUGUCACCCCUUAUUUUGAUUUCUCAGGAAACUGAUCACUUUUACUUAUUGACUUGUGAAGUACAUUUGAAAAGUGUAGAAUGGGGAUGUUGAACCUUUUCAGUCUUUUAACAUUGAACAUAUAUCAUGAUUUUUUAUCAAAUGAUGUUAUUAUAAUCACUAAAAUUUAUAGUAAAACAGUCCUUAGUGGCAUGUUAAUCCAUAAAAUAUGCAUGAUUGCCAGUUACUGACUCUGAGAGUUGAGUAAAUGUCUGUGACGUAUGCAGCCUGGGAAGUCGUUCUGGUUUACUAGCUGACCAAAAAAUGUUGUGCUUAUUCUGAGCUGAUGUAAAGUUUAUGUAACAUUAUUACUAUUAUAUAAUAAUAAUUGUAAUGAUUAUUAUAAUAAUAACAAACAGCAAAUGAAUAAUGAUAUUGUGAAAAUUGGAGCAGCAGACAGCAACAAAGUCAUGUGAGAAAUAUCUUUGUACUAAAGACCAAUGUUCUCCACUCAGAAAUAUGACAGUUGCAUAUGUGCAUAUCACUUGCUGCUCACGUCAUGAGUAUUUGUUUAACUUGCAUGUACAGUAUUUGCCAUUGCUGCUGUAGAACACGUAGAACGUGCAGGUGGGAGUGCUUCAUUAUUUUGAAAAUAGAUAGAACAGUGCCCCAAAAUUAAUUUUGGCUGUAUUUUAAAAAACAAUAUGUUUGGUAAUACUUUUUUUCUAUACAGAAUCACAGAAAUUUCCUGGACAUCAGAAAAUAGAUUUAAUGUUAAUAUUUCAUCAUGUAUAAGGGUAUAUAAUCAUAUAUCAGACAUGAGUUUUCUUAGAAUGAGUUUUAUUUCUCUGGCCAGGCAUGUGUGCAGGGAUCUUUAAAUUUAAACAGCUACAAUUAUGGUUUUAUGUAAUUAUAUACGUUAAAACGUUUUUUACAGGGCAGAAGAAUCAUAAUUUAAAAGCAAGAAGUUGUAAAAGUUUUCAGAAUGUUUAAAAAAAUACAUUUGCAUUUAUUUGGUGUAUGCCAUCUUAACGUUGUAUUCUUUGGUCGAUAAGAACGUCAGAAUACAACUAUUAGGACCUUGGUUUUAUAAGCAUAUUUUCAUAUUGCCAUCUUUUUUCUGGAAUAUAUUGCUUGUUCCAAAAGUUUGGAAUACUCCAUUAAAUUAUAUACAGGGACUUCCUUGUGUUGGUGAAUUUCUUAGCAUAUUGCCAUUGGCAAGCAAACUUUCUAGUAAAAUAUCAAAAGCUCACAAAUUAAUUUAACCAGCAACAGCAGGUACUAGUUUAUAUUGAAUAUACGUUAAGGUCAUUAUUUAAUGUUUCCCUCAGUAUAAUAGAUAAGUACUAUACUCAGAAAAAUUUUGAGUAGGGAAUACUCACUGACAUGUUUCAGAAGGGGUGUAGAAAGUGAAUACUAAUCUUUCAAGGCUAGGUUUGUUUCAGAGAUUCUGCACUGCUGAGUUGGGUGUUUGCUGCACUUUUUGAAAAAGUAAUAUUGAUUCCAGACAGGAAUUUUAAGGAUGAUUUACUUUAAUUUACAAUAAAUUUAACAGAGAAACAACUUCUUUUGCAUAUCUGUAGUCUGUGAAACAUUUAAACAGUGCACAGUAUAACAUUGCAGUCUCAUUUUCUGUUCUCUCCAGAUUUUAAACCCCAUUAUCUAUACAAUAGUAAUUUGUUGUUUAAAUUAAAUCAGAUUUUAAAAUGAUAAAAGUUCAAACUUUUUAAAAUGUGUUUGUGUGUAUUUAUAAUAUACAUUUUUGUAACAUGUUUUAGACAUUUUAUGGACACACAAAUGAGUAUGUUCUUCUAUAAACAUGAUAUAACGAAGUAGGCAACAUUAUUUAUUUUGUAAAUCUUCUUGAUGUAAAUUAUAUUUUUAACCUGUUUACUAAUUAAGUACCUAUUGCUUUUGUGUAAACAGUGGAAUAAUUGUGUGGGGACUUUGAUAUAUAUAUAUAGAGUUGGAUUAUUUGGCAUGUAUGCUUGUGACACAGCAUGCCCUUUCACCUAUGCAUUGGUCAUCACAUUUCCUAGUCCUAACAUCGCAGCUGCCAGAUAUCCUCCUGUAUUUGCAGUUUCACGUAUCUUGUCUAUGAUAAUUUUUAUUCUGUAAUGAGUUGUUGCUAUGGAAAGGCAGAAGAACAAGGAUCAUUUAUAUAAUCAGUGCUGCUAAGUUAAAUUUUUGUGCUGUUAUACAUUAGGGAUCACAAACUUGCAUUUCAAAGACUGCAUAUAAUAGAUUCCACAUUAUUUUUAUGCAUUACUCGCCACACAAAAUUUUGUGCUAGUGCUAUAUGGAUUUGUGGAUGGAUUAAUGUGUUUAUCAUGAAAUUAUGUUGCUGUCAUUUUGAGUGACCCUUGUCAGUGUGGUCUUCUCAUGAAAAAGUUGGAGAAUCAUACAUUAAUGUUGGUAAUAUGACUGAGUUGAAGCAAGUGUUUCAGGUUCAAUGAACAUUUCCUGCCUUUUCAUUAUUGGACAUGAUAUUAAUAUCAGAAUCAAAUUUAAAUGGUUAUGUGUAAUGGGUGUUGAGGGAAGUAUAGUUUUUGAAAUACUUUUGAUUAUUUGAUCACUGUGGUGACCUGUGGGGUGGAUGGAUGAAAUGGAUAUGUUGUUGGCUGGAUGUGUGGAUAAGUAGAUGUUGCUUUCUUGCCUUGUGAAAUUUUAUAUUUUAUGAAACCAUUAACCCGUUGUAGGAUAUGAAAUUUGUAUGGUGGUCAGUCCAAAGAUGGCUGUAUUCUGGGUUGUGGCACUGUAUAGUCUGGUAGAAGAUUGCCAGUGUUUCAUAGUGGUUUCCAUGAAGGAAAUUAGUGAGAAUGAGAGGUUUUCAUAACAGUGUUUAUAUUCUGGUUGAAAUCUUGGAGUUCUAAUACUAGUUUUGUAACGCACUUUCAGAUUUGCUACUUAUUAUCAUCUUCCACCUUUUCAUGCUUCAGAUCAUGAUGUAGUGCAGAGUUGCUCAAAAGUACUGACUGCAAAGGUAUUUAAUGUUGUCUGCAGUGAUGUUCUCAUAUU